AUGGCCGCGGAAGUGCCCGGCCCCCCGGGCCUCCUCGUCCUCUGGCUCUUACCGCCGCUCCUUCUGCUUCUGGGGGCGCCGGCACGGUCAACCGGAGAACUAAGGUCACCGGCAGCGUCGGGUGUGGAAUCGCUGCUGGAGGAGUUCCGCCGCCAGCUGCAGCUUGAGAGGGAUCCCUCCGGCGGCCGCAGCAACGAGCUGGAGGAAGCGGCCGGCCACUGCCGAGGAGGGACUGAAGGAGCAGCCGGCGGCGGCGGGAGUUUCUUCUCGGUCAGGUCCGACUCCAUCAUCCGCACCAAGGACUCCAUCGCGGCGGGUGCCACGUUCCUCGGCUCCCCGAGCUCGGUGGCUGGUCCCAGGCAUUGCCUGGAUGCCUGCUGCGCCGAUGCCCGCUGCACCCUCGCCGUCUUGCAGCAGCAGCAGCAGCAAUCGGCCUCGGUCCGCUGUUAUCUCUUCAGCUGCACCUAUCGUGGCCGCGCCGUCUGUGUCUUCUCCCCUCAGCGCGGCUACAACAGCUACUUCCUGGAACCCACCAGCCACCCUCCUCCGGCUUUGGACACUGAUGAGCCUCCUCUUAGCAAGGCGGGAGAAGAUAUUAUUCUUCAGCUACCUGUUGACUGGGUUAUUCUGGAUGGCAGAGAAAGUGUGGAUGACCAUGGAAUCACACGAUUUGAAUGGACAUUACUUCAAGGUGCAUCAUCAGUUGAUAUGCAGGUACCUCAGCCAGGAACACUGAAGCUCUCUCAUAUGCCAGAAGGAAAAUACACACUGCAGUUGACUGUGACUGACACAGCUGGACAAAGGAGUUCGGAUAACAUCUCAGUGACUGUACUUCCAAUGAUUCAUUCUGAGUUAGGUUGUGUUGGGAAGUGUUCCCGUUACCAGUUCCUCUGUGAUGAUGGCUGCUGCAUUGACAUCACUUAUGCCUGUGAUGGGGAGAUCCACUGUCCUGAUGGGUCAGAUGAAGCUUUUUGCCAGAAGUAUAAUUCAGGACAGAAUGCAAUAACUCACAUAGAGACUAUUCAACAAAAUUCAGCUGAAUUAAUGAAAAAGGCCAAUGAACACCUUACAUUUGAAAUCACCCAGACAAGUACACUAAGCGGUCAAGUAUUUGAACCAGAGAAAAUCAAACAAUCACCCUCUCAGGGACCAAAGAAACAAACUACCAGGUUUAUACCAGAGCAAUGCUUGCUCCCCCUAGCCACUGGCUCAUGCAACAGACACCUCCCUCGCUGGCAUUUCGAUGCUUUUUCAGGCACUUGCAUGCAUUUCAUCUAUGGUGGCUGCAAAGGCAAUGAAAACAACUUUCUUCAGGAAUCUGACUGCCUUGCUGAAUGUGUAAAAGUUCAUGAUUCUAGAAUCUCAGGGAAAGACACAGAUAAGAAUGACAAUGAUAUUGUGGGCUUGAAGAGCACGCAGAUUGAAAAGAGCCUUCCAGUCCCAGAAACAGGUGCUGUACUUCCACUGGCUUUGGGGUUAGCCAUCACUGCUUUGCUGCUACUCAUGGUUGCUUGCCGUUUGCGGUUAGUCCGGCAGAAAUUAAAGAAAGCGCGACCCACUACAUCUGAGGAGUCAGAUUACCUCAUAAAUGGAAUGUAUCUCUAGAGCAAGAUUCAGGAUACCUUUUUUGCUAUCAAGCUUUCUCACAAAAGUGUGCCUCUUGCAUCUCACAAUUCUCUUUUUAAAAGUGAAAACUGUGUUACCAAAAUAAGCGACCAUCUUCCCAAAAUUUUCUUUUAAGGCCUAUGAUAGAUGAGCACCAGUUGUUUUUCAAACUUGGCAACUUGAAGAUGUGUGGAUUUCAACUCCUAUAGUUUUCCACCCUGCAUACAAUUCCAGGAGUUGAAGUUGACACCUCUUCAAAUUGCCACAGUUGAGAAACACUAAUGUACAGUUGUAAUGGCAUGUAGUAGCUUUCACCAACAUCGUGUCCUCCACGUGUUUUGAUCUACAAUGCCUUUCAUCCUCAAGCCAACAGGAAGCUCUAGUAUGGAAUUACUUUUAAGAAUAGCCUAUUCUUGGCAAUAAUGGAGGUAUGAGCUAAUCUGACUUAUCUGUUGCAAUCUCACCAAAACAUAAUCGCAUUACUGGUGAAUAAGUGCAAUGCCGCUAAAGCUUAAAAUACAUUUAGUGUGCAAAAAAAUUUAUUUUAAACUUACCCUCUCUUUACGCUCUUCAGUCAUUUCUAUUUUGCAAACUAGUUUUGUGUGGUGAUAAAACCCAAUUUAAAAUACUGCAAGCAAGUGGUUGAUCCAUACUCCUGCAAUAGCAUGAUGUCCUGUUGCAGUAGCCCACAUCACAGCAGGAAUUGAUACAGCAGUCACAUCUAACCAAAUAUAUUUUUGCAAAUGCUUUGACUCGUUAUAGGACAUUACUUUCCAAUUCUUUAAGUAAAGCUUGCUUUUAACGUGACAUUAUGAUCUAGUCAAGGUAUUUUCCCAUGAAAAAUUGCACUUGGAAUAUAUAAAUGGAGACUUGGAAUUCACAUGUCAGCUUCCUUUUCUACAAUGGAUGCAGCAGACACUGUACACCUAAAAGCAUCUUAUUGGUUUCCACAGGCUGGUCUUAGAGGAUACAAGAGAUUAUAUGAUGGAAAUGAUGUACUGUGCAUCAUGUGUAACAUGUUGAGUGAUAAAAAUGACAUAAUUUAUAUCAUGUGUGUGAUGAUGUCAUUACACUUGAAAAACCAUUUUGACUUCAAUCCGAUGACUAUGAAGUAACCCACUUCUCUUUAAUGAAUUAGGAAAUCAGGCAUAGAGUUCUCAUUAUAUCGCAUAACAGUUCUGACAUCCACAGUACUUUGCCUGGUUCUUCUCAGUGCAGCCGGGCUCUGCUCAAUUGUAAUCAGACAGUACUAGAUCAUCUAUGGGAAACUGCAGUCUUGACUUAUGCAUUGGAAAUACUUUUGUUUGCAGAUGAGCACCAAUUUUAGCCUCUCUUUUAUCUCUGAGGAAGGCAUGACAGUUUCACCAUAUUACUUUAAAAUUAGCUGCUCUAU